AUGCAACUUAUGAGAUGGAGCAUAACGAGAGGCUUAGAGAAUCGAAAUAUCAAGCGACGGGAUUCGAAAAACUGGCAGCAAGAUAGUAAUGGGAUUAAUCAAUCGCGAUUACCUUCUCCACGAUAUUCUGGUACGGAGGACGACAAUGAAACGGGAUCAGAGGGUGAAGAUAGCAGUGGUGGAGUUAACGUAAGCGAGUCAGCUGUUGAUUUAACUUCAAAUCGAUCUCACUUUGAGGACGAGGAUGAACGUGAGCCGGAUGAAUUGCCGAUGGAGGAGGACGAUGAGGAGGUGGUGGACGAGCAAGAAGAUCAGGAUGAGGAUGAGGAAGGUUCACGUAAGCAAAUACGAAAUCGUCAGGAUGCUGAGAAUAAUAAUAGUUUUAUCGAAAGUGGAACAACGAGCGGGUUAUUUGCAGUGCCCGCGGGUACGAGUCAUGUUACCCUUGAAGCACUACAAAAUACCAAAGUCGCAGUGGCACAGUUUGCAGCAACGGCACUUGCCGGUGGCGCGGAUAGUGAAGCAGCGUUACAAGACUUAGCGUUAUUGCAAAGUACGCUCUAUACUCUCCAGCAUCAGCAGGUGUUUCAAUUGCAAUUGAUUAGUCAGCUACAGCAACAAUUGUCGAUAACACACACUGGUGGUCCAGGUCAACCGGGUGCUGUGCCAGCUGGUGUUGUACCUGGUGAAUCAAUUACUGAACCAAAAGAAUUAUCCACGCCACCGUCUCCGUCUUUGCACCACCAAAAAUCAUCGAUAUCAAUCUCCAGUUUGAAUUCUCCGCCAUCAUCUCGACCCGCAAGUCAUCAUCCGCCGUCAUCGCCGCUCAACGUACCAGUAGUAUGCCAUCCAGAACGUCCAUCCGGUUCAACGAGUACAUCGCCGAUAAGUCUAACGAUUCCCACAGUACCUGGGAUCGUAAAUUCAACGUCCACGUCCGUACCAUCGUCCACCUCAGCAAUCACCUGCACAACGGCUAGUAAUAACUGCACGAUUGGCCAGACACCGGUUUUGUCACAGCAUCAAAUGCCGGCACUGUGCUCAAUAAGCUCGUCUCUCGCCUCGUCUAUCAUCACCAACAACGAUCCAAUGCCGCUGAAUGAGCCAAAUACGCUGGAGAUGUUGCAAAAACGCGCCCAAGAAGUGCUGGACAACGCGAGCCAAGGUCUCCUUGCAAACAACCUGGCGGACGAACUGGCGUUUCGCAGUGGGAAAAGCGGCUCACGUUUAUCACCUUACGAUUCAAAAUCCGGCGGCGGUAGGGGCGAACCAUUCUUCAAGCACCGAUGCCGGUACUGCGGCAAGGUCUUCGGCAGCGAUUCAGCCCUUCAGAUCCACAUAAGGUCCCACACAGGUGAGCGUCCUUUUAAGUGCAACGUCUGUGGAAGCCGAUUCACCACCAAGGGAAACCUCAAGGUCCACUUCCAGAGGCACACGGCCAAGUUUCCGCACGUUAAGAUGAAUCCAAAUCCCGUGCCUGAACACCUCGACAAGUACCAUCCUCCUCUGCUCCAGCAGCUCGCGGCCUCCGGUCAGAGACCCCUUCCGUCACCUCCACCACCCUCAGCGGCACCGCCUACCGCGGGCUCGGUUCCCUCACCUCAUCACGCCUCGUUUCACCCAGCCUCAACUCACGGUUUUCUCCCUCCCCCACAUCACCCACAACCUUCUUUACCCCUGAGUCUUGCCCUACCGGCCGCCGCAGCAGCAGCCGCAGCCGCUGCUGGUAUGCCACCAACCCUUUACCACCGAGGACCAAUCGUUAAUCAACGCGACGAUCAGGAUCUACCGGAGAACCUUAGUAAAUCUACUACUACUGCUAGUACUACUACUACUACUACGACUAAUAAUAACAAAAAAAAUAAUAAUAAUAGUAAUAAUAUUAAUAAUAAUAAUGAUAAUAAUAAUAUUUAUAGUAAUAGUAAUAACGAUAAUAAUAUUAGUAAUGUACCGCCACCACCACCACCACCGCCACCAUUACCACCACUUUCACUACCACCGUUAUUACCAUCACAACCACCAAUAGUCUCAAUCUCAACCGCUACCACCACAAUGACUACUACGACAGCGGCUUCAACGUCUACAUCACCGUCUAUGUUAAUGCAUUCACCCAAGUCGCCUGUCAACACUAAUAACGCGUCAAUAAUAACAAACGCCAUUUUUUCACAAAAUUCUUCCCAUCUUGCUCAUCCUUGUCUUAUUGAUAGACAACGAGAGGAGAUGAAACGUGAACAGCUGUCUCCACCUCUUCAAUCCAAUAGGCCUGACGAUAACACAAGUCAGGGUCCUGAUGAUUUGACGACAGCGACGAUGACCGAGACGACGAUGACCCAGACGACGACGGCAACAACGACGACACCACAACCGACAAUCAUGCCAAAACGAGAGCCUGAAGAUCCAACAGAUGAAGACCAGCCGGAAGAUGAAAUUGAUGAAUUUGAUCCACCUUCGCCGAGACGGUAUCUGGAUAGGUCAUCGCCGUUGAUGAUGUCCAAUCAAAAUGUGAUGGGCAUGGCGCAUUUACAAUCCUAUGAAGACUGCAGUAUGGACAGCAAAAUGAGCGGAAGACUAGAGCCAGAUGGUGAUAUGGACGGUGAUGAAGAGAUGGAAGAACAGCCGGAAAAUUUAUCUGGUCGAGGUAGCAAUAUGUGUCAUCAACAAUCUGUGGGUUAUCAUCAUCCUGGUGCGUCUCCGGCAAGUAGUACUGCCAGCAGUGGAAGUUUACAAACGUCAUUUGCUGGUUUGUUGUUCCCUACAGCGCCGCCUGGUCAUCAUCAGCACAUGCCACCGUUUAUUCCAACCUCUAGUUCAAUAACUCAUGGUACAAAUAUUCCUGGUCACGAGUCAAUGAUCAUUGAUCCGUCAAAAGAUCCAGCAAUUUAUUCAAAUUUAUUACCGAGGCCCGGUAGUAAUGAUAAUUCCUGGGAGAGUCUUAUUGAAAUAACAAAAACAUCAGAGACGUCGAAGUUGCAACAAUUAGUGGAUAACAUUGAACACAAACUGACGGAUCCAAACCAAUGUGUAAUUUGUCAUCGAGUAUUGUCAUGUAAGAGUGCAUUACAAAUGCACUACAGAACGCACACAGGUGAACGGCCAUUUAAAUGUAAAAUAUGUGGACGGGCUUUUACAACAAAAGGGAAUUUAAAAACGCAUAUGGGUGUACAUCGUGCUAAACCGCCGCUUCGAGUACUUCAUCAGUGUCCGGUUUGUCAUAAAAAAUUCACAAAUGCACUUGUGCUCCAGCAACACAUACGACUGCACACGGGUGAACCAACAGACUUAAGCCCUGAGCAAAUUCAAGCCGCAGAGGUUAAUGACUUCCCACCGGGUUAUCCUCCGCAUCCACUGGCAUCAUUUCUACCACAAGGUUUCCCAGGACUGCAUCAUCAUCCAGCGGGCGGUGGGUUCACCCUGGGAUUUCCACCAACGCGGCAUCCAGCUCUCGAGCGACAUUUGCACGAUAACGAUAUGGAUAUAAAGGACAUGAAUAUUUAUCACGCGAAAAAUUUACAAUUUCACAAUCCGUUCCAGCACCCACGAGGUUCGUACUUGGACGAACACUCGGAGGACAUGGAGGACCAGGACGAGGAUGAUGAAGACCGACGUGAUGACGACGAAAGAUCCGAAGAUUUGCGAGAACGGAUGAAUCGGCGUCCCUCGACGACCGACAUCGAGGACGAUAACGACGUUAAUGAGAGAGAUGAGACUAAAGAAUCACCGUCAAUGAUAAUGCCACCGUGUUUUUCUACCUCGCUAGCGGCAUUGGAAAAUCAAGUACGUACAAUAACAACAGUAGCUACUGGCGGAUUAGCAAUGCCGGGUGGAUUAGCAACACCAGGUUCAACGUCACCACUAGACCGUUACCAUUGCAGUGAAAAAAGCACCAGCCCAUCAAGCUCAAUAGCCGGUGGACCACUUGAUUUAACUCCUCGCGCCUCAUCCACCCCUGGCUCCGUGGUAUCCACAUCAACACCACCACCACCACUACCAACACCAUUAUCACUACCACCACCACCACCAACGUUGCAACAUCAUCCGCAUCCUUUCGGAAUGUUUGCAGGCCUAUUGCAGGCAGUAACAUCCUCACCUUCGUCUUCGGUUCAGGUGAACAACACCACCACCACUACCACCACCGUCAACAGCAGUACCAACUUAAAUAUUGUCAACACCAAUAGCAACAGCAAUAGCAACAGCAUUCAAACAACGACUUCUGGCGUUACUAUUAACAACGUAUCGACGUCAAUAAAGGCUGUUAGUCCAUCUGGUAAUAGUAGUACUGGUGGAGGAGCACUUGCAUCGUUAACAACAUCCGCUGUACUCGCUGCAUCCUCGACCUACAAUCCGCUCGGCCUCGCUGUUGGAGGGCCAGCAGUACGUGGCAACACAACGUGUAAUAUCUGCUACAAAACGUUUGCGUGUAACUCCGCACUGGAGAUACACUAUCGGAGUCACACGAAGGAGCGCCCGUUCAAAUGCACCAUUUGCGACCGUGGCUUCUCGACAAAGAGUGACGACACGAUGAUAAGAACGUGUAACUGUUCGGAAACCCAAGAGCCAGAAGUUAAGCCGAAACGCAACAGACGACGGAGGACCGAGGAGAAGAAAUCCCGGGGGUGGUCAUCAGGAAACGGAGGCCGGUGGGCUUUAACUUCUACCUGUGCUCCUACUGCAUCAGUCCACUUGCCCCCGUUGAUGCCACCCGCCCUCGGACUUCUUACCUCGGACCACGUCUUCCUGGGCAACAUGAAGCAACACAUGCUUACACACAAAAUAAGAGACAUGCCUGCGCAUUUGUUCACCGAUGGCAAACCGCCUGGAUCUCAGCCUCCGUCGCAGCAUCUCUUGCAAGACCAGGAAAACUCACAAAGUUCGUUGAUAAACGACGACUCGAGUCUUCCUCCACCACCACCACCACCACCUCCACCUCCACCGCCACCGAUCCCGCCGCCGAUGCCGCCAGUCGAGUCGAUGCCUCCCAUAAAACGGUCACCUCCUGAGGGUGACCUUCCCGCGCCAAAGAGACCUAGCAUGUCCAGCAAGCACUUGUGCCAGGUUUGCAAUAAGAAUUUCUCGUCAUCCUCGGCGCUGCAAAUCCAUAUGAGAACGCAUACUGGUGACAAGCCCUUCCGAUGCACCGUCUGCCAGAAGGCCUUCACCACCAAGGGCAAUCUUAAGGUUCACAUGGGGACACAUAUGUGGACGAACGGAGCUUCACGUCGAGGUCGCAGAAUGUCACUGGAUCUGCCUCCGCUGCCCAUCACACCCAAGGACUCGGAGUUUCUUCAGCGACGACCGGACCUCUUUUAUCCAUAUCUACCCGCGCCCUUCCUUAAUGGUGUUCAGCAAAAAUUGAACGAGAUAUCAGUGAUACAAAGUAACAACGGCCUACCAGGAACGCAUCCAGUUAAUGCGAGCAAAUACGCAGGUCUGUUCGGAACAAUGUACGGUGGCGCUCCUGGUGGAUUCCCGAUGGAAAAGCCGCCAAUGGCGCCCAGUAACGGACCAAUGGGGGACGGAAAACCCGUGAUACCUUCGGGGUCAAUGCUCUUCCAAACACCCUCGCCGUCUCACUCCCCAGGUACGCCGUCUUCCAACACCGGGAACCAAAAUUCCGCCAGUGUACCCGCCUGGAGUGGAGAGUCUCUUCAGCAUCACUUCGACCGCGAGGGUCCGUCCUCGAGAUCCGAAAACGACUCAACGCCACCUGCCGCCCGAAUGCCAGCAUCUGCGCCCAGAGGCGAAGGACUGGCCGCGUGA